CUUUUCUUGUCCCGGUCCCGCUUGCCGCCAUGGCCACCCCUCAUGUGAUUGCCUCUUCCUCAGGUCACCAUUCCCAGUCUGCCACUUCCAAUGGCGUCGUUGGCAAUCACUUCAGGGUUGGCAAGAAGAUUGGAGAGGGCUCUUUUGGUGUUGUUUUCGAAGGCACGAACAUGCUCAACAACCAACCCGUCGCCAUCAAAUUUGAACCCCGCAAGUCUGAAGCCCCACAGCUGCGAGACGAGUACAGGUCGUAUAGGACGUUAAAUGGAACUCCUGGCGUGCCUCAGGUCCACUACUUUGGCCAGGAGGGUCUGCACAACGUACUCGUCAUCGACCUCCUUGGCCCUAACCUUGAGGACCUUUUCGACAUGUGUGGCCGCAAGUUCAGCAUCAAGACGGUCUGCAUGGCUGCCAAGCAGAUGGUUACUCGCGUCCAGUCCAUCCACGAGAAGUCCCUCAUCUACCGUGACAUUAAGCCCGACAACUUUUUGAUUGGUGUCCCUGGCACAAAGACGGCGAACACCAUCCACAUCAUUGAUUUCGGUAUGGCUAAGCACUACCGUGAUCCUAAGACCAAGGUGCAUAUACCAUACCGCGAGCGGAAAUCGUUGUCCGGUACUGCCCGGUACAUGUCCAUCAACACCCACUUGGGACGCGAGCAAUCCCGUCGUGAUGACCUUGAGUCCCUUGGACAUGUCUUCAUGUACUUCUUGCGUGGCGGAUUGCCCUGGCAGGGUCUUCGUGCUGCGACCAACAAGCAGAAGUACGAAAAGAUCGGCGAGAAGAAGCAGAGCACCCCCAUCGAAGAGCUCUGCGAAGGCUUCCCCGAGGAGUUUGCUAUUUACAUGAACUACGUCCGCAAGCUUGGCUUCGAAGAGACGCCUGAUUACGACUUCUUGCGGGAGCUGUUCACGAAGGUCCUGAAGACCCUGGGCGAACCCGAGGAUGGCGUGUUCGACUGGAUGCUUCUGAACGGCGGCAAGGGCUGGGAAGCUGGCCACACUUCGGCUCUGCUCGCUUCCGCGCACGGUGGUACGCCCCAUACCCCCCACCGCGACCGUCAUCGCGACCGCGAACGGGCGCACCGGUCCUCCCGGAACGCUCUCCAGGAGGGUGCUCCGUCACCAUCGUCGCCGCUCGUGCUGGCGCCGACGCCUGCGCACGUCAAGAGCAGCAGUCGUCGCCCACACGAUGCCUCGCGCGGUGGCUCCCGCGAGCAAGUCAGCGUGCAACCACUUGCACCGACGAGCCGGCGCCAAAGCCAGCAGCAUGUAUCGCGCGCCGAGCGGGACAGCGGGUUAGUUGCUCCGCACCCAUACGCUGCGGCACCCAGUCCUGGCGGUUACCGCACCAAUGCCUACGGCCGCCAGUCGCCUAUACCCGGCAAUGGGACACCGACGAACGGCGCCAGCCCUUUGCAGCAGCACCCGAACAACUCGGAGUCGUUCAUGUACGGCCAGAAUGGCCAAGGCAAGAACGGCACUGCCAGCCGAGAGGGGACGACAACGGGUGGGACCGGCACAAGACAAGAGAUGAACGGGCCAGGCACGCGCGGCAUGGGCCUGUACGACCGGGAACAGAUGGAGCGGGUUGGGGAGCAGGGCGAGCAUGGUGGAGGCAGGAAGAAGGGGUUCUGGGCUGCAUUCUGUUGCCGCGCAUAAGGAUUUGCGGUCCCUCGACGCGCACCGGCUGCGCGGAUCAACUUGUACGUUUGUCCGGACUUGCGGGUGCAUGUUGUGCUGAUUACUAUGUAUGAUCUGGUCUGUAACAUAUAGGCUUGCAAACGAUUCCACCUGUGACGGCUCUGACGACUUGACGAAUGACCAUACCUU